AUGGAUGACUCUCAGUCAGCUUUCGCUACCCAUUAUCAGACGUACGGGUUUGACAUCGACAUGAUGAAGCGCUCAAUGGAGGCCCCUUCUAUUCCUGACGCGAAAAAACCACGCUGGUCCCCGACCUCGUCUUUCCCUUCAACCUCCCCUACAAACGGUUCUCACCCUCAAUCCGCUACCCGAGACGCAUUCGCCAAUUACGGUUACGGUCCCCAGGCAUCCAUUAACCAGCCGCAAUUCGCUUCGUCGCCCUCAUCAGCCAACUUCCCUAAUGGGUCUCCAUUGUACUCCACACCCAGUUUAAACAUUAAUACUCAUAAUGGAAUUGGUGGUAUGCCUCAGCUGAGCCCGAGCGUUGCAAAUGCUUUCGCCGCUCAGCAGCAACAACAGCAACAACAAGCGCAGGCACAGGCACAACAACAAGCCCAAGCCAACGGCAUUAACGGACAACUAAAUGGUUACGCCAACGGAUUCGGUGGGUACAACAUGCUCGGAAUGGGAUUGCCCGGAAUGAACAUGCUUGGAUUCCCAUACAACGGCCAAAUGGGCAACUUCGCACAGAAUUUUAAUAACCAAUCCCGUCUACCUUCCCUGAACAUCCCGGCCGCCCAAGCCUCCUAUUCUCCUAAUGCCCUAUCUGCAGCGCUUACUUCGCCCUCGAACUCGACCGGGCGCACCGUGUACAUUGGCAAUCUUCCAUCCACGGCGUCUGUCGACGAACUUCUCAAUCUCGUCCACUUCGGACCCUUGGAAAACAUCCGCGUGCUACCCGAAAAGUCUUGCGUUUUCUUGUCGUUCUUAGAUCCGGCAACUGCAGCCGCUUUCCAUGCUGACGCGACGAUCAAGAAACUCAGUCUCCACGGGCAGGAGUUGAAGAUAGGUUGGGGGAAGGCUAGCGCAGUACCCGCUCAAGUUGCCUUGGCGAUCAGUCAGAGCGGUGCUAGUAGAAACGUCUACCUCGGAGGUUUGGAGGAGGGUAUGACAGAGGAGAGGCUGCGAGAUGAGUUGAGCAGGUUCGGAUUGAUCGAUCAAGUCAAGAUCGUCCGAGACAAGAACAUUGGUUUUGUCCAUUUCUUGAGCAUCGCUACAGCUACGAAGGUUGUCAACACGCUUCCUACUGAGCCCGCCUGGGCCGGCAAGCGCGUCAACUAUGGGAAAGAUCGUUGCGCCUACGUGCCAAAAUCUCAGCAAGUCGCGGCGCAACAAGCUCAAGCUGUUGCGGCCCAAACUCUUGUCGCCCAAUCCGCUGGAUUAUCCUCUCCGCAAUCUGCCGGAUUCUCGCCUUUCUCCCCUUACACGCCGUUCACGCCUAAUGGCGUUGACAUGAGCGGAAUGGCCAAUGGAGGGAUGAAUGGCAUGAUGGCCAUGAAUGGAAUGGCUAUACAUGGCUUAGGUGCCAUGAACGGUAUGGGUGGCGUCGGUCAAGGGAUGAACAGGACCGUGUACCUGGGUAAUAUCCACCCCGAGACUUCGACGGAAGAUCUGUGCAACGCUAUCAGGGGCGGCGUUCUGCAGAGCAUCAGGUAUAUGCAAGACAAACAUAUUGCCUUUGUUACAUUCAUCGACCCUGCUGCCGCAUUGACGUUCUUCCAAGUAUCGUCGUACAACGGUCUUACUCUCAACAACCGACGCCUCAAAAUCGGUUGGGGCAAGAAUUCCGGCCCUCUUCCUCCAACACUCGCUCUCGCCGUUCACAGCGGUGCUACUCGCAAUGUUUACAUCGGCAACAUCGAGGACUUUGAUGUCUUCACCGACGAGAAGCUGAAGCGCGAUUUCGGCGAAUAUGGGGAGAUUGAGUUGGUCAACUUUUUGAAGGAGAAGAACUGCGCGUUUGUCAAUUUCACGAGUGUGGGGAACGCGAUCAAGGCAAUUGAGGGGAUCAAGGGGAAGAAGGAGUACGAGGGGCUGAGGAUCGCACAUGGGAAGGAUCGGUGCGCGAAUCCACCCCGGAGUGGAGGGAAUGUGAACGGAGGAGGACACGGCAGGCGGAAUGCGAGCGGCAACAACAGUGCACCGAACAGUGCAGGGAUAGACAUGAAUGGAGAUUUGGAGUUGGAGAACGGGGAAGCAUAUCUUAACGGUGAUCUAGAGGGAGACGAAGGACAUUUGCAGCCCGGCAUGCAUGUUGAUGGUGCCGAGCCCGUCGCCGCUGCUGCGUGA